AUGGAAACAACCCUCAUUCCUUAAAUAUAGGGUCAGACUCAAUUAGAAUUUUGGAGUUAUUAUGUAACAUAUUCUGAAGUAACUUCAUUUCCUUGGAUUUAAUAAGAACCUGAAAAAGGUAGAUGGAAAUCAUAGCUACUCUUUUGUAUUAAAAUUUAAGAUGAUCCUAGUGUAUGGGCAUUAAUUUAUAACACUGUAAUUCAUACCGUAGAUGUUGAUUCAUUUAUGAAUUGAUUAGAAUAUGAUCCUGGAGAUUAUGAAGGAGUUUGGAAAUUACAUGUUAUUACAUUUGAUUACAAUAUCAUGUUUUAUGAAGCUUAUGGUACUUCAAUGUAUAUUAAUAUAUUUUUUUUUUAAGUGAAUAAAAAAUUAAAAAAUUUAGAUAUUAUCUUGGAGGAUCUGGAAUUGUAUAUUUUUUAUAAAUUAUUUUAGAUUAAUCAAAGAUAUGAAUUAGAAAUAUAAAGAGGAAGGCUUUCCAAACUUUUCAUUAAUUCCUAUAAAAGAUAUAUUUAAUAAAUAUAUUACGAAAGAAUCAAUUAGUUAAGAGAAAAGGAAUAUGAAGAAACAAUAAGUUUGA